CUACUGUACACAGACGACAACAACAAUAAACCUGAGGUGAUUAUGAGAUCAUUCACGUUGCUUCAGAAGACAAGAGUGGAGGAGAAAUUAAUCAGUAGCACGACAAUCGGCGAAGACGAUCACUUUGACUAGAUGUCACGUAAAGCGCUGGGUUUUGCUCUUUAUUUCGAUUCGAUGAAGUUAAUAUUAGAAAUCAGGAGAGAUUUAAAACUUGAUGAUUAGCUUAGGUAUGCUAGCCUUUGUUUUUUGGGUGUGUCGCGUGCCAUGAGCAACCAAUACCUACUGAAACUGAGGAAAGAUUACUUUAAUCUCGACAAGGAAGGAUAUACAAAAGUAAUCAACACCAGAAUAGGGAGUGAAGCAGGGGGAUCGAUUCUGAAUCACUUCUUCAUGAAUUCGUCCAGAAUUACAGCUUUCACGAUGGAUGAGGCACCACACAUUAUAAGAGAAGAUGUCAAUCCAUUGGAUGACAAUGAAGGAAGAUGGUUAGAGAAGGUCGAGAAUACUAACCCUCCAAGUAAGACAUCAGCAGGGGUCGGAGGUCGGGUACGGCUCUACUCAGAGUCGCAGGUGCACACGGUGAGCCGCUGGGAAGAUGUUGAGAUGCAGGAUGGAAUUUCCGCUGAAGAAAGCGGAGGAGCUUCGGACGGAGCCCCGUUCCGAGGCAGAUCCCAAUCUGCUCCAGCUGCACUGUGGAAAGCUAAGAAGUAUGGACGACAGCUGAGGAGGAUGAGUGAUGAAUUUGACACCUGGCUGGACAGAGGGGACAUAAGGAGAGCGAGCAGUAAGGGGAAAGUGUCACAGAAGCAACACAGUCGUGGAUGGUUCUCCUUCAUUUGGGGAUCUACUAGGGAAGAAGAGGGAAGGGAAUAAAAUUACACACAGUUCAACCAGAGAAAAGUGAAUCAACAAUCAAGACGAAGGCUGGUCAUGUUUUUCACCAGAAUGGCCUUUUCAUCAAAGUGCUCAUCAAACUUUCAAAUUAUUAUUAUUUUUUAAUUAUCAACAAAAUGAAAGAAAAAAGGUGCUAAAACACACCCACUGCAGUACCCAAUGCAAAGAAUUGUGUUUUUUAUUUUAAUAUUUGACAAUCUUAGCUGACAAUCUGUGAUAUUUCUGGACAAUCUCCCAUGUACUGAAAAACUCAAUCCCUAAAUAUUUAUGAAUUCUUUAAUUUUUUUUUAUUUAAAUGAAUAUUUGGUAAGAAAUGUGAAAUAUUGUUCUAUGCUGUCUUUUCUAAAUGAAUAUAUAUAUGUUGAGUUUUAAACAUUUGUCAUAUUAAAGAUUUUAAAGGAAUUGGUGGUAAAAAUGUAAAUAUUUUCCAUAGACUACAAAAGUCAGAAAAGCAGCCUGUGAAAAUUGUGUAGUGUUGGUUAAUAACGAUGCGGGUAUUUGGUCUAAUUCAGUCAGGUUCGUCUCAGGGUUUUCUUUGAUUGCAGCAUUUUCUGUUGCUUUUUGUUACUGUUGUAGACCCGAGUCUCUUCGUGUUUCUGAAAUGAAGUUAUUUUGCUUUGUACACCUUUUCAUGUAUAUGUUUACUAAUGAAAGAUCUGGUCAUUUAUUUUCUUUUCUUUUUUUUCCCCCCACACACAGCACUAGACUAAUUUGCUUUGUAUGCAAAAGAACAGAGAGUUCCUGCCAGACCUUUGGUUAAGCAAAUCAUUACAGAUGGACAACCCAAAUGCUGCAUAAGCUGGGCUUGAAUCUGAGGCAUUUUCUUGAUGCCUUAUUUUAAACGUGUUUGUCCUUUUCACAAGCUCUUGAUAGGAAUUUAUACUACGUUACAUAUCUUGCGAUGUAAAACUGUUUGUAUAAUGAUUUGUUCUGUUUGUAUAAUUGUUUAAUUUAUUAUUUGUGAUCAAAUUCAAAAUAAAAAUUUCAUGAAUUUCA